UUGAGUUUCCGACAUCAGUUGCAGCUGCAGCAAAAGAAAAAUAUUUAUUUAGUUUUUAUUUAAUUUAAAUAAAUUAAAGUGCCUUUUCUAUAGUUUAGAAACUUCCUUUAGAAAAAACUAUACAAAAUGUUUAUUGAAACUUGUAUAGCACCUGUUAAUAUUGCCUUAAUAAAAUACUGGGGAAAGCGUGAUGAAGAUUUGAUUUUGCCCAUAAACGAUUCGCUAAGCAUGACUCUCAGCACAGACGAGAUGUGUGCAAAAACAACUGCAGCUGCCUCAGAUAAGUUUGAUAAGAACACAAUGUGGCUAAAUGGAGAGGAAGUCCCAUUCGAAGAGAAUCCCAGAGUCAUGAGAUGUGUCAGAGAAUUGAAGCGACUAGCUUCUUUGAAAAAAGAUCCAAAGUUUCCCAUCGAAUGGAAUCUCAGGAUUUGUUCAAAGAAUAACUUUCCCACAGCAGCUGGACUAGCUUCCAGUGCUGCCGGUUAUGCUUGCCUUGUCUACACUCUAGCUUGUUUGUAUGGAGUCGAAGACGAGGAAUUGACAUCAAUCGCUAGACAAGGAAGUGGUUCUGCCUGUCGGAGUCUAUACGGAGGCUUUGUUCAAUGGAUUAUGGGCACCCAUGACGAUGGAACUGAUUCAAUAGCUGUUCCUAUUGCUCCCGAAUCUCAUUGGCCAAAUAUGCAUGUUCUCAUUUUGGUCGUGAAUGACUCGAAAAAGAAAACUGCUUCCACCAAAGGAAUGCAACGAUCUGUGAUGACUUCUGAUUUAAUUAAACACCGAGCUGCCAAUUGUGUCCCGAAGAGAAUCUCUGAAAUAACAGAUGCCAUUCAGACUAAAGACUUUAAUAAAUUUGCAGAAAUCACAAUGAAGGACUCGAAUCAAUUCCAUGCCAUUGCAUUGGACACUUUUCCUCCAUGUAUUUACAUGAAUGAUGUCUCGCAUGCAAUUUCUGAUUUUGUUCAUGCUUUGAAUGAAGCUGCUGGAGCGACAAAGGUUGCUUAUACAUUUGAUGCUGGUCCAAAUGCUUGUCUUUAUCUUUUGAAAGAAGAUGUUCCGCAGGUCUUCAGAGCUAUUCAAAGUAGUUUUCCUUCAGAUUCUCAGGGAGAUGAAUAUUUAAAGGGUCUGCCGAUUAAGGAAGAGGCAGAUAGUCUGUUGAAAAAUUCAACACCUUAUGGAGAGAAUCUUUUGAAAUAUGUGAUACACACAAAAGUUGGCACUGGUCCAAAGAUGCUGUCUAAGGAGGAUUCGCUUAUUGGAAGUGAUGGUCUGCCUUUGUGAUAGAACAACGAAACAAGAAAAUGUUGAAAAUUUAAUUUAACUAUUUAUUUUUGGGUUUAUUUUGGAGUUUUUUUUUAUAUGGGUUGAAUAUGGGGGUUGACUAAUACAAACGAUUUUAGAUAUUAAAUUUUAA